AUGGUUGAGAAUGUGCUCCUUUCUCCCUUGAGCCUCCUGUCCGCCUUGGCUGUGGUGCUUUUCGGGGCCAGAGGAAACAGUGCAUCCCAGAUGGAGAAGCAUGUCCUGGACUUCCUGGUGGCUCAGACGUGUGAAGAUAGAGCAGUCCAUUCACUCAUUCAAGCACUUCUCUAUGAAAUCAGCAAGCCCAGCCAUAGUCAAGUCCGCAUGGCAAGUGAAGUUAAGGAGCUCUUGUUCCCCAGUAGCCUCACAUCCUCCGACCAGUUGGUGCUGGUUAAUGCCAUCUCCUUCAGAGGGGCCUGGAAGUAUGCAUUUCAAAAAGACCAGACUGUGGCCAUGGCUUUCAGAUUGGAUGAGUCUCGAAGCAAAUCUGUCCAGAUGAUGCGUCUGCAAGGGCACUUGAAACUGGGCUCCAUCACAGAGCCUUCAGGGCAGGUUCUGGAGCUGCCCGAUGUGGAGGAUCAUCUGAGUAUGGUCAUCAUCCUACCCAGCAAGGAUGUCGGUCUGGGACAGGUUACCAAAGAGAUCACUCAUGAGAAACUCAAUAACUGGAUAAGCUCAGGCAACAUGAAAGACACAGCUGUGGUCCUGCAUCUGCCCCAGCUCAGGCUCGAGGGGUACCAUGAAGACCUGGCAGCCAUACUGACAGCUCUGGGAAUGGUGGAUGUCUUUGACCGCUCGAGGGCUAACUUGUCUGGCAUAAUUGCAGGAGGAGGCCUCGGGGUCUCCAAGAUAAUCCAUAAGGCCAUGUUGGAGGUUAAUGAGAGUGGUUCAGAGUUCACCCUAACCAACCAAACAAUCAAAGUGGAAAAUCCUGAAAUAAUCAAGGUGGAUCAUCCUUUUCUCUUCUUUAUCUUACACAAGGAAACUAAGAUGAUUCUUUUCUAUGGCAGAGUCUCCAACCCUUAA